AUGAAGUUCUCCAUCGCUGCCAUCUCUGCCUUCGUCGCCGCCUCCGUGGCCGCCUCUCUCCCCGAGGCUUUCACCCUCGUUGCCGAGGGUGGAAAGACCGUCCUCACCGACGGAUCCAACGCCCUCAUCGGCGCUGACGCCAACGAGAACGAAAUCCUCAUCCUCCACGGCGGCGAGGGCGGCGGUGCCACCUACACCCGCCAGGGCUCUCCCCCUACUGCCUGGCAGAACCUCUACGUCGUCGAGAACGCCAUCAAGCCCAUCGCUUUGACCAUCCCUCACUCCGGCGCCACCCCCGAGAACGCCAACCUGACCGGCUUUGGCCAGACCGAGGACGGCUACUUCACCUUCGGCGGCAAGCAGCUGUUCGGUGUCAGUCCCCAGAGCCCCGAGAAGAUCGCCUACAUUGGCCUCGGCAAGAGCAACUACGAGGUCACUCCCCUGUGGGUGAAGGAGUGCAAGGGCUGCUAG